CUGGCCAAGUUACAUGUUUCUGAAUAGAUCAUUUUGGUAGCCAGACAUCUCAGAGCUUUCUGGUUUCGCAUAUUUAAUUUAAGGGUGGAAUGCCGAAAACAAUAGCGUUCUUUCAGUCGUUCCCCUCCGUCGUCCUCCUCCCAUCGCGCUUCGCCCUUAUCGCUUUACCCCUUCCUGCUCCUUUUGACAGAUGCCAAGCAGUCUAAGCUGCCCACGAAAUAAGGACUGCAUCUUGACUAUUGUCGCCAAAAAGGCGGAGAUCGGCCCUUCCUCAAACAGAUUGUGGAAAUGACAAAUCGUUAAUUGCUCUCGCACUAAAGACGACAUCAAGCCAAGUGACAUCAAGCCAUCAGUUAUACCGCCCACGUUGGAACAUAAAUAGACAGACGAGUGAACAAACCAGAAGAACUAAUUUGCGAGAGCGUAAGAGAAGAAAAAGAAAAAACUGUACGACUAUGUCGGGAAACUUGAACACAACGAUAAAUGGAUCACAGCCAUCAAGUUGCUACAAACCUACAGCAGAAAAAGUCGGAAAAACCUUUGCCUUCUGCCUGAUUUUUCUUGUUUCGCUGGCUGGGAACACCGUCAUCGGAAUAAUUGUCUACAAGGCGAAAGCCAUGAGAAAACCCACCAAUUUUUUAAUCGUAAACAUGGCCAUGUCUGAUCUGCUGUAUGCGAUAUUUGUUAUCCCUCGGGAGAUACCAAUGCUAUAUAUAGAUUCCUGGCUGAUCGGUGGUCGUCUUGGCCAGGCCUUAUGUAGGCUGGCAAUCUUCUUAACAGAUUUCUCUGGUUUUGUGUCUAUUCAGAGUCUGGUUCUGAUAGCAGUGGAUCGAUUUGGAGCUGUGGUAUUUCCUCUCCGUUCCCCACUCAUAAGUUCAAAGCUGUGCCCGGUCUUCAUUCUCAGCGCUUGGGUCGUCGCGAUGGUUGUAAGUUCCCCAUAUAUCUUCGCCAUAAAACUUUUGGAAUAUGCAGCAGGGUUGGAAUGUCGGAUGCAUUGGAACGAAGUCUUUUGAGAGGCCUUGUCUUUUGAAAAUUACUUCGUGUCACUUUCGGUCGUAUUCAUUUUUAUUCCGUUGGU